AAAAGAGUCCAGGGACUUUAGGAGCUGAUAGGUUAGGUAAGGUAAAUUGCUUUGCUGAUCAUGGUCAAAUUUAUCGAUGUCGACAAGCGGCAAGGCGUCUGGAUUCGAACCGAUCAAUCCGAAGAGAAGAAUUGCGGCUACCUACAUACCUGAAAUGCUUGUUAGUUCUAAAAUUAUUCACAGGCUUUGGCACUACGGAGUGAAUGUUAUUGGCGGUGCUUGUUGCGCUUGACUCUUUUCGACGUAGUGGGAUCGGAAAUGCUGAAUACGGUGCUUAUUAGCACUGCCAGAACACGAGCUGUUGAGGCCAUACACACAGUAUGCCUGUAAAAUAACGGAUACGUGGGUUCGUGAUGGACAAGGAUCUCCCUUCCAAGACCCGGUAAUAGAAUGACAGGGGAUCAGAUAGAAUAGGCUAUCAAUGCAGCACGGUAAGUCUCUUUGUUAUGACAUAUUUUAUAGAUAUAUCAUGGCAUUAAUAUCCGACAAUUUUCUUUGUCCCCCUCCACCCUUAGCUUGUGUGGUGACCCGAACCCGACGUACGCCAGGAUGAAGUCUUUCUCGACCUUGGCAAUAAUUGCCGGCUUCCUUAGCGAACCCGUCUUUGGCGCACCUUCAUUUGCAAGACGGCAAAACUCAACUAGUUGGGCUUCUCAGGAAUGGGAUGCCAUCGUCGUCGGUGCUGGAACAGCUGGGAUCAUCGUGGCUGAUAGGCUGAGUGAAGCUGGGAAGAAGACUCUUCUGGUAGAGCUUGGUGGUGCUUCGUACGGAGUUACGGGAAGCACAGAAAGGCCGGCAUGGCUCGACGGGACAUCGCUAAGCCGCGUUGAUGUGCCUGGAUUAUACAAGAGUAUCUUCAAUGGAAACACAGAUAUCUUGUGUCCUCCAGGUAUCGUAAAUUCUUUCCAGGCAUGCACCAUUGGUGGGAACAGUGCUAUUAAUGCCGGUCUGUACUUCCAACCUCCAGCUUCUGACUGGGAUGAUUAUCAUCCAGAGGGGUGGAAGAGCGCCGACGUCGAGGAUGCGACACAAAGACUACUGGACACGCAAGCUUCGAUAACAAGCUACUCGACAGACGGCAAGUUCUACAUGCAAACUGGAUAUGAGGCAGCAAAGAAAUGGCUCGUUGAUGGAGCUGGGCUGUCCGAGGUGGUGUUCAACGAAACCCCAGAUAAUAAGGACAUGGUCUUCGGGCGGCCAUCCUACAACUACAUUGAUGGUCAACGAGGUGGUCCAACCAGGACAUACUUGCAAAAUGCCCUGAAGAGAAGCAACUUCCACCUCCAGACGGGUGUUCACGUUAAACACAUCAACCAUAUCAACGGCAUAGCUUCUGGGGUUACUGCCGAAGUUGAUGGAUCACUAUUAGAAAUCAAUCUUUCGUCCCGCGGUCGAGUGAUUCUGAGCGGAGGCGCUAUUGCUUCCCCAGGUCUCCUGAUGCAUUCUGGAAUUGGUCCUCUCGAAACACUCAUGAACAUGACCGCAUCUGGGUUCCUACCUCUCAACUCCACGAGUUGGGUCCCUAACCCAUCAGUCGGCGAGGGUCUUUUCGAUAACCCCAACACCUUCAUCGAACUCGCCGGACCAGAAAUCGAGUCGUACGUUCACGACUACAACAACCCCAUCCCUGCGGAUAGAGAUCUUUACCUGUCGUCACGCAGCGGUCCCUACGCUUCUGCGUCUCAGACCUCUGCUUUCUGGGCAUACGUGCCCAAUCCCGACGGCACCAAGACCGGAGUCCAAGGUACAAUCGACUCAUCCGGUCACGGGGAAUUUGUGAGCAAUAAGACCAUCACGCUCAACAUCUAUGGUACCUCGGGUCUAUAUUCGGCGGGACGUGUUAUCUUGUCGGACGAUGGGAAGUUCAUACCAGGUCCCAGCUCCGAUGUAUACUACAGCGACCCUCGUGACAGCGAGAACAUUGCAAAGUUCAUCCACACCAUCUUCCAAGCUCUGCCAUCCUCGACCCCAGACUCGCCGGCUACCGAUGGCCUCACGCCGCUUAACAUUCCUCAGAACUCGACCCAAGAGGAGAUCCGCACGUAUAUUACCACGUGGUCUGACUACGCAGUCGGCUCUGUCCAGCAUUGGUCUAGCUCGUGCAGGAUUGGGAAGUGUGUAGAUGCGGACACGAAGGUCAUUGGCACCGACAACAUCUACGUCGUCGACGCGUCCAUCCUCUCUCCGCUGACUGUCAACCCGCAAUUCGGCGUGAUGGUUGCGGGAGAGAAGGGUGCGGAAAGGAUAUUGGAAACCUGGUAUUAGGCUGGUGUGGGCAGCUCUUGUUUAGAUAUAUGGCUUCAUGCAUCGGGCGGCGUUCAUCUUAUACCAUAAUAGUACAUAAUAGUAGACAGGGCGUAUGAUUACGUUUUAUAAUGAUAUAUUGAUUGCAUGCAUCAUCAUCG